ACCACACAGACGACACCCACACAACCACAACCAAACGACGAUGAGCAGCACUGCCAACGCCAACGCUACCGCUACCGCUACCAGCAAACCACCUCCUCUGAGCCAUGAGACGAUUCAAAAGCGACUACUGACUGGUUGCAGCUCCAAAGGCGGCGCCCGAGGCUCCUUGACGCGGUGUGCGGCCAAAUUGGGAGCGCUCCAUGCCAAACUGUCCGCCCAAGGAGGAUCCACCGAUCAAGAAAUUUUGACCGUCAAGGACGACCUCAAACGCGAAAUUCGGCUCUUUCAAGUGGAAAUGCGCAAAAUGAUUGUCAUGAUUCAAAGUGCCGAAACGGAAUUGAGUCAUGUCCAAGAACAAUAUGGCGUCUGCACGACACUCGUUACACGCAAGCAAACGGAGCUACAACAGCUGCGACAACAAGCCACCAAAGUGGCACGAACCCGCAGUUGUUGGCAAGAAUACGAAACACUCGCAAAGUUGGCACGACAACGCAGUCCACGACGCGUCUUGAAAGCCAAAUUGGAAAAGUCCAAUGCCGAUUUGCAGAAAACCAAGAAACAACUCUACGAAACGGCGGCCGAAUCCAAAGUACGAGAAAAACAAUUCCAUUUGCUCAUUCAAUGUAUGCUCGAUUUGAAACGAUCGUUGGGAGAAACCGUCGAAAUACCACCUCCACCCAAAGAAGAAGAAACUGCCAAAAAGGAAGAACCGACCAAACAGGAAGACGCAAAAAAGGAAGAAGAAGAAGAAGCUACUCCCAAGAAAAACGAGGAAGCCACCAAAAAAGCGGGGAGUGACACGCAACCCAUGCAAGUGGAAGAGGAGGACGAUCUCUAUGGUGGGUUGCCGUAGAACUAAAGAGAGAGUGGCAGGCAUUUAUUUGUCGGACCUUUGAUUCUGGUUUCGUCGUGGGAGUGGUACUGUGUCUCAACUAGCUAGCUUGCGAAGAUAUUUGUAUUGUUAUAGUGCUAUCGAUUUGAUUAGUACUGAUACUGUUUCUAAUCGUCCGGGUAGAGGAGGUCUGGACGCUUCAAUUCUAGCUCGGAAAGACGAUUAGGAAUAUGCCAAAGAAGGAUUGCGAGGGCAUGAAACGCUUCGUUUGGAGAUGUAUGGCUGCCUUCAUCGACUGAACCAAAUGGAAAUCCUACCGGUACAUCGUACAAGUAGUAAGGUAGUCGGAUUCCAUUACCUCCAAUCUCGAAACAACCGAAACAAUAGCAGGAAAACCCAACUGAUUGCUCAUUUGAUUUUUUCUU